UUACGCAGCGCCAAAACUCCAUCAAUUGCAACUGUAUCAAAAGACUACUGCCAACAGCCAGAUUGUAUUCCACAAUCAUAUCCAGCUGAUGUGAUACCACCUCAACAACAGCAAUCACAGCCACAAGCUUUGCCACCUCCUGCACCGGUCCCACCUCCUAAACCAAAAAUACCGAAUACAUUUACUGAAAUACCAGGCACAACCGGUGUAGGCAGCAUAUAUGCAAAGGAGCAGCAGUUAAUGCAACAGCAACAUCAACAGCAGCCUCAACAGCAACAACAAAUACAACUUCAACAACAGAAAAUGCAGUUGCAACCACUACAACCACAACAUCCGCACACAACGCAUAUUUUGCCACCAUCCGCCGUUUAUAGCAUCGAAACAUCAAAUUAUCAGCAGCAACAUAUCUCGGUAACUUCUACUGCACUGCCAGCACGAGAACAAUCACGUCCACAACAUUCGAUUAAUCCUACAUCUAUCAUUAAUCAACCAUUACCUGAUAUCCCACAAUCUAUUCCUCAAACAGUGCAGCAUCAACAGCAACAGCAACAGCAACCUCAAACAAAAAUAUCACCGCAACCACUUUGCGCGACAAAUUUGAAUCAAUACAGAUCUUUACAACGUCCACAAAAUCAAAAAAUGCAAUUGUCUGCCCCUGCGCAGGUUACAGUACAGUACCAGUCGCAAUUACAACAACAACCAGUACAUCAGCAACAACCUCCAUCUUUGCCGCCUAAGAAUCGCCACAAAUCACAACGAGAAAUUUCAAAUGGUAUGAACAUACAAACACUUCCACCUAAAUCAGCAAGUUUACGUCAACAGCAAUCAGCAUUAUUAGCUUAUGAAAGAGAGCGAGAACGGGCCGAACGCCAUGAACGACCUAGACGUGCAGAAACUCUUGACAACGGACCUAGUAGUGGUCUUGCGUAUAUGGAUCAAUUUGGAAAUAAUUUAAAAAAACAACAUUCGCAUGAAACAAAUUAUACACAUCAGCAACAACAACAGCAGCAACAUUACUACCAUCAUCAUUCGUCUAGCAGCAAACAGCAACAACAUCCACAACAGCAAUAUUUAACUGAAGCUCAACAGAACGUAUAUUAUCGAUCGCUUAAACGUGGAGGUUCACAUGCAAACAAUGACUUAUACUCUGUAACAGAAUUGUAGGAGUGUGCCUGCUGCGGUGGUGGUGUUGAUGUUGUGAGACGAACUA